UUUUGACACUCGUUCAUUGCAUUUUAACAAUUCUGUUAGUGAAAAAAUAGUUUUCAUAAAAUAUUUCCUUAUAUAUUCGAAAAUAACAUUUAUAGCGCAUCCUGCGAUAUCUGAGGCAGAUUAUAAGCUGUAGACAAGAAAACAUUGAGGAUAGUGGAAAUAGUAAUUUCAGAUUAAUUUGUAUUAACAUUAGGCAACCGAUUCACCCUGUGUUUGCAUACAACACCUAUGAAGACAUACAUAUGUAUAUGAAGAAUAGGCAAUUGCAGAAAAUGGGAAACAUGGUUCGGUUUUAACUUGCCUUUUGUAUGAAGUAAGCAGAUUCAAAUAAAAGCAGCAAACGAAGAAGACGGCAGCAGAAUAUAUUCAUCAUCGAGAUAUAUUUCACGCGUAGGGAGACUGACAGUAGGUAGCAGCGGUCACGGCAGUAGUAGUUUGCUAUCAAAAUCGUUCGGUCGCACACAUCACAUUUAACACGAAUUCUAGAAUAUAAGAACAAGCAAGGGUACACGGGGUAAUAUCUACCAAGUACAGAGAGAGGACAAAGUUGGAAAAAAAUGCAACAAGAUUGCAGUGAAGAAAGUUGGCUGGAAGAGCAAUGUCAUCGGGAGAUCAACGCCCAACACGACGAACACGAACGCGACUAUGUACGGCAUCGGGACGCCGCUUUGAGUAAUGUAUGGGGCGCAUUUCAGGAUUCGGCUACGGCUGUCGCUCAUCUUUACAGAGAGCGUUCUUCGAAUACGUACCCGGAUACUGGCGCAUUAUGGCUUCCAUUUCAAACAGCUGCGGGCACUGUCACAACGCUAUACAAAGAAGCAUGCGAUGGUGUCAAACGUACCAGUGAUUCAGCUGUACAAUGCGGCUAUCAACGGCGCACGCGGGAAUUGGCUGAUUGGGCAAGAAGUAAAAAACGUCGUAUGAUACGUCGCGAGGAUCUGUUAGCCUAUUUGGCCGGCAAGCCGCUAACAAAUACUACUCGUCGAUCACCAAAGCCAGAACAUUCGCACACCCAUUCAAACACUGGUGCUGUGUUCAACACAAACGCAUCAAAUCAUUCACCGCCUCAUAUGAACUCCACACACCAUCAUAAUGCUCAGCAUCAGCAUCAUCCAGCAACUGGCGGUGCUACCAGUGAGCCAACCAAUGAUUUGCACACAUUCAAAGAAGCGCUUGUCUUGCGGCCACGUGGACCCGAACUAUUUGCAUUUGUCGCCAACGAAAUUGCCCGUCAUUGUAAACGUCCAGCAAGCCCAAUCGAUGAUAAAAUGGAUAUCUGCCAUUAUAGCAGUAAACGUCAGCGUUUUAUGUAGAAAUAUUGAAUUUAGCUUACAAAGAUAGUGUUACUGCAAUUUACGCAUAGUUAACCAUUGAAAUGGUAGUCACAUGUAACCGAAAAGGAUACACAAGCAAAAAAUAUAUGUAAAUUAGACUAUCUCAAGGAAAUACAAAAACUAUUCAAUACACAAUAUAAUAACCACAAUCGGCGAUAAAUGGCGGUAAGAUUGAAAACGAAUAAAAUUAUACUUGAAUUCAAAAUUUACUGAAUGCGCGAAAUGCUCGUUUAGUAUAUAAACGCUUAAUGUUAUUUCUACAAAAUAUAUAUUUGAAGAACGUAAGAAAGAGAUGAUGGAAGUACUAGUGCAAGUACUUCCAAUCUACUCUUUACUAAGUGAAUCUAGAUACUUUCGUAGUUAUCGGUAGAAUAGCAUACAUACGAUUGCGCCUUGGAACUUCUUCAGUGAAAUAUAUUAAAUUGGAUUUAUUUUUACUACGAGUAUUGAAUUUAAAGUAAAAAUUUUCUUAACUAAAGUGAUAUGAGCGUCACCAAUUAGAUUACAAGUUAUAAGAAAAACAUUUUUGAUUAUUAACAAUUUAUUUAUACAUAUUAUUGCAAUGGAUCGUGAUUAGUUUAAGCAUAGUCACUGAAACAUGCCAUAACAACUAGCAUAUGCAAAUUCCGUAAAUUUACGUGCAUAACUACAUACAUAUCGUUACCUUAAUAUAGAAAAGCGCUAACAUAUUUUCUUCCGAAAUUCAGCUUUGUACAAAGGUCGGUAGAUUGCUCUCUAAAGGCCUAAUAUAAUUUAAAACAAACUACUAUAUUAAAAAUUAGUUUCAAUAUUUAUUAAUGUCCGGAUUUUAAGACAUUCCCAACUAAAGGACUUUAGUUUUUAAAAAGUUUUAUAAAUUUUAUCUAAAGACACACAAAUUGUAGAUAGGGCUUUUCUGUAUUAAGGUAUUGAUUUGGAUGUUGUAAUCUUCAUGUAUACAAAUGCAUACAUAUGUACAUAUAUAUAUAUAUAUAUAUAUAUGGAGUACUUUUAUGGACAUGCAUUGAAAAAUAAAACGUGAUUCGAACUAUGCACACAAGUAUUUAGAAUCUAUUUUGUGGUUUGUUAAAAGUUUAUUACGUUUAAGUUAAAUAAUCUACUUAUAAUAAGUACUACUAUUUAAGCGUUGGGAAUUAAUAUCAAACAUCUCUCAAUUCACAUCCUAUUUGAAUGCGUUCUAAGCGUAAAAAUACUGUACCAUUAAAACGGUAUAUAUAUUCGUGAAUAUAAGUAUUGAAUAAAAUUUUGUGAAGAGAAAUCAUAAUCUAUUGGAAACUAACAAU